UGAUGAGAUGUAUUUUAAGGUGAAGCAGCCAUUAAACAACCGCUUAAUGUCGAAACAAAUUAUCGCAACAUGUUAUUGCGUUUAAAUAAUCGCCUUGAUAAUGUUAGUCCAUCGAUACACAUACGCGAGGGUAGAGUUGAAGUUAGUUUUGACUAUGGCCGAACAUGGGGUACUGUUUGUGCGACACAUUGGAGUUAUCGGGAGGCGAACGUUGUGUGCAAACAAUUAAAUUUGGGUUAUGCUGCCUUCUCCAAUCAAACACAACAAUUUGGCACUAGCCAAAGGUAUCCCUGGAAUAUGGUGGGAACUCUGUGCCGUGGCACCGAACACAACUUAAGAGACUGCUUUCGUGAAACACAAUAUCCUAGAGCAUGCAAUGCUACCAAUAACAAUGUGGCAGUCGUAAGAUGUGUUGAGAAAUUAUCCGAUCUGACUUUGGGUUUACCAGAUAUCGAACAGUCAGCAUAUUUGGAUACUCAACCAUUGUCACGAUUAACAUGUGCCAUGGAAGAAAACUGUUUAUCCAGGGAUGCAUAUCGAAUUAUACUCACACAGCCACAAGCUUUGCGUAAAUUAUUACGUUUUACCACAAGGGCGGAAAAUGUUGGCAGCGCUGAUUUUAGUCCUUAUUCUAAUUACGAACAAUGGCAGUGGCAUCAGUGUCAUAAUCAUUAUCAUAGCAUGGAAUCAUUUGCUUCAUUUGAUAUAUAUAAUAUGAACUAUCAGAAGGUAGCUCAAGGACACAAAGCCUCAUUUUGUCUCAUGGAUACAGCUUGCAAAUCAGGCAUAACUCCGAAAUUUACCUGCGGCAAUAGAACACAGGGCAUUUCAAUUGGUUGCUGGGAUACUUACAGUACUGGUUUAGAUUGUCAAUGGGUUGAUGUUACAAAUCUACCUCCCAAUCGAACUUACAUAUUAAGAAUUGCCAUCAAUCCGGAAUAUAUGAUUGGUGAAGUAAGUUUCGAGAAUAAUGGUGCCGAAUGUCUGCUCCGGUAUACAGGUGAACGAAAUACAACCAGAAUUUCAAAUUGUACGCGUUCUCCGUUGUGGUAUAAUAAGUAACAUGGAGUAAUGGAGUGAUGUUUAUUUAUGAUAGUUUCGAUUUUUUAUUUUAUGGUGUCAGGAGUAAUUUUUUCUAUAUAUUUCUUUUUAUUUAUGAGUUAGUCUGAAAAAAAUAAGAGAUAUACAAAAAUACAAUAAUAAUAUAUAAAUUGACGAUUUUAUGAAAUAUUGUCUUAUACCAGGGCGCUAGGAAUGAUAGACAAUAUUUCAUUUAAUUAACUUUAAAUAUUUUAAUAAUAUUUAUAGAUUUAUAAUUUGAAAGUAAAUUUUUAAUUAAAAAUUUACUUUCAAAUUAUAUUUUAAUAAUACUUAGUUAAAUAGUUAAUAAAUAAAUAUUUAAUAAACUGUUGUUUCAAAUAAUUAUGUUAUGUUUUUUAUUAUUACGUUAUUACCAUUACAAUUAUUUUGUUUUUUGUUUACUUUGUUUUCAUUUAAACUAAUGUUUUUUUCAAUAUUUUAUAUGUAUGUAUAUAUUUUUUAAUUUUUAAAAUACAAAAAAUUUUUAUUUUAUCGACUAAGGUAAAAUUUACAAAUUAUUAAAAAGCGGUUAAAACAAA